AUGGCUUCUGGUUUCGGUCUCAACGGCGGCCCCUCGCGCUGCUUCGCCUUCUGGCAAGAACUCCUCGGAUGCUACGUCGUGAAUGCCUCGGAAGGAGUUGAUGGAAAGAAGAAAUGCAUAUACGCCUUGGAAGAUUACUCCGAAUGCUUGCACCACAGCAAAGAGAUUGUCCGAGCGAAACGACUCCAAGCAGCCUACCGCAAAGCCGAGGCUACCUUCCCCCGAGAAAACGCACCGAAAGCUGAAGAUAUCCGAAACCUGGGAUUGUUGGGCAAGGAGAGCGAGUCGGCCAAGGUUUUGGGUCUGUAG